CAAUCUUGUCUUUUCUUACACAAAUCAACUUUCCUUCAACAACUGAAAGUACAAAUGAAUUCUCCUGCCGGCUUUGCAAUUUUUUUAAUGAUUUUCAUUAGCCAUCUCAAGUUCUUCCUAUACCCUUCUUUUCCUUGUUUUCCAGUACCAUUUUUUUGAGAAAAUAAUGGCAUCAGAGAUAACAGAAGAAAAAGAUGAAGAAGCCCUUUUCACCAUCAACACAGAAGCUAAAAAAGACAAGAUCAGACAGAUCAUAGAAUACCAGAAAUCACUCUACUUUUCUUCGUCUUCUUUUUCCUCUGCAGCCACUUCUUCUUCUUCGUUUUCAUCUUCACGGAUAAGUAAAUCUCUGUUAGACUUGAUGAAAGAAGGAAGCACUUCUUUGAGGCGAUUAUUCGACAUGGAACAUACUAGCUUGGCAACCCAUAUGAAUGACUACAGUGGCUCUCCCAUAAUUAAGUCUAUUCCCCUUUGGGGCAGCGAUACAGACGAUGGAGUUCAUGAUGAUCCAUGGAAGUCCAUAAACAGGAAUGUUGGACCUGUGUUUGGGUCUGGAAGUGGUGCUCAAAGUGUGUUGGGUGCAGAGAGUAGAUCCAUGGAUGGAAUUGGAUUGCCUGUUGGUAGAAAACCCAGAAUUAGCAAACACAGGUUGAAUAGAACCAAGUCGUUUAGGAGGCUGCCAAGAUUCAGUUUUUGGAGAUCCAGAGAUUUCCGAUUCGGGUUGAGGUUGAGACGGCUGAGGAGUAUGAUCUGUGGUAGAAAGUUCUGAUAACGUAGUUCAAUUAACGGGCAAAUGGUGAACCCCAUAACUCGCCCAGGUUAGCUGAAACAACUUGGCUUCGAUCCAUUUUGAAUGAGCCCGGUUAGUCGGUUUUUCAAAAAGCCCUCCUAUCCUAAUCCAAUCCACCGGAUAAAACGCCAUGGGCGGCAAG